AUGGGAGGUCCAGGAUCAUCGCCAUGUGCUUCGUGUAAGCUUCUACGACGACGCUGUGCAAAAGAUUGCAUCUUUGCACCUUAUUUUCCUCCUGACGAUCCUCACAAAUUCGCCAUUGUUCAUAAGGUCUUUGGCGCAAGCAACGUCAGCAAAAUGUUGCAGGAGCUACCGGUUCAUCAAAGAGCUGACGCGGUGAAUAGUUUGGUAUUCGAAGCAAAUGCACGAGUUAGAGAUCCGGUAUACGGCUGCGUAGGAGCAAUCUCCUACUUACAGAACCAAGUCUCACAGCUUCAGAUGCAACUAGCAGUGGCUCAGGCCGAGAUUCUUUGCAUUCAGAUGCAAAACGAGCCAAGUUUACAGCCUCAUCAAGUACUUGAACUUGACCCAGAUCACAAAGCUCUCUUGCUACACAACAACAACAACAACAACAACAACAACAACAGCAACAUCAAUAACUGCAACAGCAACAACAACAACAACAAUAACAACUUGGGUUAUGCCAUGUCUUCUGGGCAGUUCAACUCUAACUUUGCCUCUCCAAGCAGCAUAAUGCAAAUGCAGAUGCAAAUGCAAAUGCAAAUGCAAGACCCUCUUAAGCAAGAAUCUCUUUGGACUUAA